AUGACACAAGUUCCACAUCAUGGCGUGGAAAGUUCAGCCACUGCCAGACUCCAAGUCCGUUCUCGACCGCCCCUCGACCUGAUCCACGGGCUGGCAACAGAAAUCGAAGCGACCGGCGAAUCAGCGCUGCCCACCGGCGGUUGGUCCCCAUGGCGUCUUGUUUCCGGCGCUGCAGUGGGCAGCUCGGAUGAGCCCGACUUUGCCAUCGAUGCCGGAAAUAAUGGGCGCAAACUGUGCAUAGGCCGGUUUAAUGCUGGACAUUGGCUGCUUGGCCCGCUGCCAGCCAACGAGAGGGCUGCUAUGCCCAGCUCCGUCUGA